CCCAUAUUCACAAAAGGGCAAGUUUUUUAGUUCAGAUAAACUCAGCAAUAGCACUAUAGAGAACUGAACUUGUGAGAAAUACAAGAAGAAAAACCUCCAUAAAUAUUCAAAGCAACAACAAAAAGAUUCAUAUGGGGAGAGAAUAGAAGUCUGGGGAACUAAACAUAUUACAAAGGAUGAGCUGCUUGCAGAUUACUGCUUGUGGGACGAUUGCAAAAACCAAGAGUAUAUGCGCAUCACGUUGUUUAUCUUCCUCACAAUCAUGUGUCUCUCGGAAUAAUUCUGUUCAACUUCUUGGAACCCCAUUGAGACAAGUUUCUUGCGCAACUAGGUACCAGAGAUGCACUACCGUUUGCUUGUUCGGAAACAAAGGAAAACAAGAGAACAGUGGUGAUGGGUCGUCUCCAUGGAAAUCUCUUGAGAAUGCUAUGGGAGGAUUAGGAAAAGAGAAAUCCAUACAGGAUAUUUUGAGGGAGCAGAUGCAAAAUAAAGAAUAUGCUGAUACUGGAGGUGGAGGUGGACUUGGAGGUCGUCCACCACCGAGCGGUGGAGGUGGGAGUGGGGAUGGUCCCGAGGAUGAAGGUGUUGCUGGUACGUUGGACGAAUUUUUACAAGUAAUCUUAGCAACUGCUGGCUUCCUCUUUCUGUAUGCCUACAUAAUCCGUGGUGACGAGAUAGCUAUAGUAGGAAAGGACAUUUUGAAGUUUAUCGUUACAAGAAAGAAGAGUCUUCGAUUAGAACGUAUCGGUGACAAAUGGAGAAGGCUCUACCGUAGACUGGCAAAGAAGGAUCAGGUACAGAGAGAUCCGUUUUGGUUGGAACGUGCAAUCCUCAAUACUCCAACAUGGUGGCAUGACCCUGUACAGUACAAACGCUACCUCGCAUCCCGUCUUAGACGAUCAUCCUAUUCAUAGGCAUGUGCUUUUAGAAAACUUUCAUGCAACUUCAUCUUUCUUGUUUCUUUUGAAGCUGUGUUGGGAUUUUUACCCAGACGGAAUUUGUAAGAGACGAGAUUUCAUUUUAUGGAAAUGUAUUUGUUCUUUGAGAGAUCAUGGUUUCCCAGGUUGAACCUGGUCACCAUCCAGAAAUAGUUAUUCAGAAAUCGAAUACCAGGCAUGCAAUUUGUACCACAGUUUGAUCUUAAAUUUUGAACGAUGUUUUUGAA